CAGAGGAACUACUGAAAAAACACUAGAAGAAGCCAGGAAAGUUUCUUUCAGUACACCAGCGCUGCCACGGUGCCACCGCCGCCGGCUCACCCGCCACGCGCAACCGCCCGCCGCCGCCUCCGUCUCCAGCCGCCAUGGUCUCCCUCCGCUUCCCCGCCGCCACCUUCCCGCGCCUCCCCCCACCCCGGCCUCCCAGCCGCCCGGCCUUCGCCGCCGCACUCGCCGCGGCGGCCGCGGCAGCAGCGGCCGCCGCCGCAAGCCUCACCCUCACCGCCAAAUCCGCCGGCCGGCCGCCGCUCCCGCACCCCGCUCCUCUCUGGGCCUCCAUCUCCCUGGCCGACGGCGCCGCAUUCCCCGCCGAGACGUCCGGCGGGCGCCGCCUCCUCGGCGUCGGCCUCCGCAGGACCACCAUCCUCGGCCUCAAGUCCAUCGACGUCUACGCGUUUGGUGUGUAUGCGGAUGACCACGAUCUGAGACAGCUGAGGGAGAAGUACCAGAAGCUCCCUGUCUCUCAACUGAAGGAGAACGCCGAGCUGAUCAACGAUGCGUUGGAGCGUGACAUACGGAUGACGGUCAGGCUCCAGAUUGUGUAUGGGAGGUUGAGCAUUCGAUCCGUGCGAAGCGCGUUCGAGAAGAGCGUGGGAAGCAGGCUGCUGAAGUUUGGGGGAUCAGACACUCAUGAGUUGCUUCAGAGUUUCGUUUCACUUUUCAAGGAUGAAUACAAAUUACCAAAGGGGUCCGUGAUUGAGCUCUCAAGGGAGUCGAGCCAUGUGCUUAAAAUAAGUAUUGAAGGAGAAGAAUUGGGGAGCAUACAGAGCAAGCUUUUGUGCAAGUCUAUUUUAGAUCUUUACAUUGGAGACGAUCCAUUUGACAAAAAUGCAAAAGAAAGCGUCCAAGAAAACAUGGCUUCUAUUCUUAAGAACUGAAAGGGAGGCGGGUUAAAUGGCAGAUAUCAUGUUUUGAAGAGCUCGCCGUUUUAUUUCUGGUAGUUCUGACUUAUGAGAGCACUCUUAUGUCUGCUCAAGUAUAUUCUUCGCAGCCUUUCUUAUCUGCGUACUAAUUUUACUCUUCUAGCCUUGAACUCUCUCUUGAAACGGAAUGAACGGAGUAACCUUGAAUUUUUCGUCUUGCAAGGCAUUUCAACGAA